GUAUAAGCUAGCGUGAAAGGUCGAACACAUGCCCUGGAAAUAGCCAUACUUGUCACGGUUACGUCCCACUGUAAUGGUUUACAACAAUCCAUUCAUAUCGCCCGCCAAAGGGAUCGACGAACACCCCAAGCAGUGGUCUGGUCGCCUCUCUCUCUUUCGAAGUCUGGUAAAGCAUUCAGCUAGUAAUUUCUGUUGGAGUUUACAAAAUGUCAAGUGGGGCUGGGCUUGAAUCCCUUGUAGAUCAAACAAUUUCUGUCAUUACAAAUGAUGGGCGCAAUAUAGUGGGAGUGUUAAAAGGUUUUGACCAAGCUACAAAUAUAAUUCUUGAUGAAUCUCAUGAACGCGUUUACUCCACCAAGGAAGGUGUUCAGCAACUUGUGUUAGGCCUAUACAUCAUAAGAGGUGACAACAUAAGCAUUGUGGGGGAACUUGAUGAAGAACUGGAUGCCAACCUUGAAUUGUCAAAACUAAGAGCUCAUCCUCUAAAGCCUGUUAUCCAUUGAUGAGCAGCAGCAUGGCAUGAGCAGUUUAUGGUUUUCUAAGGGAUGAAUAAGCUAUUUGAAUUGGAUUUAGAAAAGAAAGAUUUGGGUGCUGUAUGAGCCAAUAUAAGAAACUGAAAUACGUGAUGCACCUGUUACAAAUAGCCUAUGCCCCUCAUUUUGCAUAUGCCGAAUGCUUGUGAAGUUUGAUUAGUUUAACUAUGAAGUUUUUUU